AUGGACACGAACGCACUUGUCGACCUUGUCCAUGAGGUGCAGGGACAGAUUUGGGUCGAUAAGGUGAACGAGACUCACAGGUUGGGCCGUCUCUGCCCGUGGGUGUCUACAUUCCAUCCCGACAAACUUCCCUGUGAACUUGAGGGUUCAUUCCACCAUGGCGCAUUCAAUGCCGGGAUGAAAAUGGUCUUCAGUGACCGCACUGUCUGGAUGGUACGUUUCCCUCGCGCGGGGAAAAUAUGCGAUGGCUACACCGAUGAGAAGGUGGCGAUGGAGGUGACGGCCCUGCGCCUCAUCCGCGAGAGGACUGCCAUCCCCGUCCCGAGAGUCCGCGCGUGGGGUCCCGCUGCCACCAACCCACUUGGUCUCGGUCCGUUUAUCAUAAUGGAUUUUAUUGACGGGGUGAGCCUCGGUGAUCUUCUCCAAGAUCAUAAUGCCGAACGCCCCAGCCGACUUAUGAGGGAGGACAUCAGUGACCAUGAUGUCGAAAUUAUCUAUAGACAGAUGGCAGGAUUCCUGCUUCAGCUAUUCAGACUCGAUUUUGAACAGAUCGGCAGUCUGCCACCGCCACCACUGACUGAAGCUCAUCGCUUUACUUCCCUGUCACGGCCGCUAACAUUCAAGGUACACAGCAUCCUACAGAAUGGGGGAGUGAAUACAUUCGGUGACCGAACCAAGGGGUUUGCGACGACAACCGAAUACUUCCAGUAUGUUGUCGGUCAGGACUGGGAACAGCUUGUACACCAACCAAAUUCAGUCUGUGGCGAAUACGAUGCUCAAAACAAGUAUGUGGCUUUUAAGGCACUAAGAUCCCUUGUGCCAGACUUGAUCCAUCCGAAAUAUAACCAUGGCAAUUUCAAGUUGAUUUGCGACGACCUCGGCCUUGCCAAUCUGAUCGUCCGCAGCAAGGAUGAUCUCACUGUCGUUGGAGUAGUAGACCUCGAGUGGUCCUAUAUAGGACCCGCGCAGCUGUUUGGCUCGGCACCCUGGUGGCUUCUCCAGGACAGGCCUGUUAAUAGCGCCUGGGACUAUAAUGGCGAAGAGCCACCCGAGAUCGCUGCAAGGUACUUCAAGUAUUUAGAUCAGUUCACCCAGAUUUUAGAGGAGGAAGAGGCCAGGACUCCAGGCCACAAAGAGAAAGAGCUUUUUAGCCUCGUCAAGUGGUCGCAAGAAUCGGGAGCCAUGUGGCUCCACAUACUCCUCUCAUCCGGCUUCAACGAUCACCGCAGCUUUCCUUUUACGAAGCUUCGACAGCAUUUUGGAGCCGAUGGCUGGGCCAAGCGAGAGAAAGAAUUUGACUGUGCAGAAGAACUGGAGGCUUUCGCAUUGCGAAAGGUGGGAGAGUUAGAUAAGUAUGAUGAAGACCUGGAGCAGAUCGAGGAAAACAAAACUCUCCUGGACAGCGGGAGAAUGACCAAGGAAGAAUUUAUUUUCGCUGCUGCAGCAAUUAUAAAACCUCGCAGCUCCUCAUCGUCUGUGGUGAACAAUGAAGCAUCGAGUGACAAGGUACUAUACAACAUGCCGUAUUUAGUUAGCUCGGCCUGCAGGUUACGAAAUUGA